UUUGCGAAAUGUCAUGUUCCCUUGAGAUUAUUGGUCAUAAAUUCUCACUGUAUUCAUAUAUUCUAAAUUAAUCUGUUACCAGUCCCGGUUAAAUGUUUCCAGGUUCCUGCUGUAAAAGAGUCAUUGAUCUCAGAGAGACAACCUGUCUGAAUAGAGAAUAUGGGUCAGAACAUCAAUUACUAAUUUCAAUGUGUUGAGGGCAUUUUUAUAUGGAGCCUCUGGUCCAGGAUCGGAACAGAACUCACAUUGGGUUCCAAUGGAAAACAGUUUAGAUUAAAACAUUCCCUGUUUUGUGCUGAAAGGACGAGUUGUGAUGAUCUCUUUGACUGUAUAAGUAUAGUGUGCUUUGGAGGUUUAUUGGCACAUUAGUGACUUACUGUUGGUUUUAUGAGCGUCAAUAACGGUACCCUGAUCUUUACACUCUUGAUGCCAGUGACUCCACUCUGUGGAAGAGACGUUUCAGUGGUUCCCGUUGUGAGGGAGCAACAUUUCCACCCACACUAAACACAGUCGGCCAUCCCUGAAAGGUCACUACGUUUUCAACUGCUCACAGGUCUCCAGUCUACUAUGGAUGAGGAGAGAGAGGAGGGGGGUCCUAUCUCUAAGACCACUCUGUCUGGGGAACAUGGCCGCCGGAGCAAAGCUAAGAGCCUAGAGCAGCAGGAGAGAGCAGACUCCCCUGGACCCAGCUGUGUCUCCAUGAAGAGUGACCGGUCUAUGGGUUUUCCUCUUAACUUUAAAGAUGGACGCCCCUCCAUAGAGGAGAGCCUAGAGCAGCAGGAGAGAGCAGACUCCCCUGGACCCAGCUGUGUCUCCAUGAAGAGUGACCGGUCUAUGGGUUUUCCUCUUAACUUUAAAGAUGGACGCCCCUCAAUAGAGGAGAGCCCAGAGCAGCAGGAGAGAGCAGACUCCCCUGGACCCAGCUGUGUCUCCAUGAAGAGGUGGAUGGGUAAGAACAAGGAGCAGAGGAGGCGCGCCAUAGAGGGAGUGGUGGACAUCACAAAGCUCUGCCUGAUGGAGAUGAACCAGGAGAAACUGGCCGGCACACUGGGGGAAAGAUCUGCUGCUGUCGAGUGCCAACACAAAAUUAAGUCUCUUUUGAAGAAGAAAUUCAAGUGUGUGUCUGAGGGAAUCGCUAAAGCAGGACAGCCAACAGGCCUGAAUGACUUCUACAUAGAUCUCCUCAUCACAGAGAGAGGCAGUGGAGAGGUCAACAAGGAACAUGAGGUCAGACUGAUUGAAACAGCUUCCAGGAGACUGGCCAAGGAGGAAACACCAAUAAAAUGUGAAGACAUUUUUAAACCCUUACCUGGACGAGAUCAACCAAUCAGAACAAUUAUGACAACUGGAGUGGCCGGCAUUGGUAAAACCGUUUUAACAAACAAGUUCACUCUUGACUGGGCUGAAGACAAAGCCAACAACGACAUACACUUUACAUUUCUCUUAACUUUCAGAGAGCUGAAUUUACUGAAAGGGACAGAGUUUAGCUUGGUGGAACUUCUCCAUCACUUCUUUAUUGAGACCAAAGAAGCAGGAAUCUGCAGAUUUGACCUGUUCCAAGUUGUCUUCAUCUUGGAUGGUCUGGAUGAGUCUCGACUUCCUCUGGACUUCCAGAGCAACAAGACAUGGACUGAUGUCACAAAGCUGACCUCAGUGGACGUUCUGCUGACAAAUCUCAUCAGGGGCAACCUGCUUCCCUCCGCUCGCAUCUGGAUAACCACACGCCCUGCAGCAGCCAAUCAGAUCCCUGCUGAGUGUGUUGACAUGGUGACGGAGGUGAGAGGGUUCACCGAUCAACAGAAGGAGGAGUACUUCAGGAAGAGAUUCAGAGAGGAGAAGCUGGCCAGCACAAUCAUCUCCCACGUCAAGAAAUUAAGAAACCUCCACAUCAUGUGUCACAUCCCAGUCUUCUGUUGGAUCACUGCUACAGUUCUGGAGGACAUCUUGAAAACAUCUAAGAGAGACGAAGAGGUGCCCAAGACUGUGACUCAGAUGUACAGCCACUUCCUGAGGGUUCAGUCCAUACAGGGGGGCAGGAAGUAUCAUGGGAGAGCUGAAACAGAUUCACACUGGAGUUCAGAGAACAGGGAGAUAAUUGUUUCUCUGGGAAAACUGGCAUUUAACCAGCUGGAGAAAGGCAACCUGAUCUUCUACGAGGAAGACCUGGCAGAGUGUGACAUCAAUAUAAAAUCAGCUUCAGAGUACACAGGAGUGUUCACCCAGAUCUUUAAAGAGGAGUGUGGGCUGUACCAGGAAAGGGUGUUUUGCUUUAUCCAUCUGAGCAUCCAGGAGUUUCUGGCUGCCCUUUAUAUCUUUCUGUCCUUCAUCAACACGGGUGUCAAUCUGCUCUCAGAAGAAGCACCAACCUCUGGUGAAGAUAAACUCCUCCACUUCUACCAGCAUGCUGUGAAGAAGGCCUUACAGAAUGAGAACGGACACCUGGACUUGUUCCUCCGCUUCCUCCUGGGCCUCUCUCUUGAGACCAAUCAGAUUAUCCUACGAGGUCUGCUGGGACGGAAAAAAAGAAGGUCACUGAUCACUCGGAUUAAAAAAGUUCUGCUGGGACAGACAGAAACUAGCUCACUGACCAAUAAGGAAACUUGCAUCACAUUAGUGUCUUACAUCAAGGAGAAGAUAUAUGGAGAUCUCUCUCCAGAUCAAAGCAUCAACCUGUUCCACUGUCUAAAUGAGCUGAACGAUCUUUCUCUAGUGAAUAAGAUCCAGCAGUACCUGAAAUCAGGAAGUCUCUCAAGAAAAUCUCUCUCCCCUGCUCAGUGGUCAGCUCUGGUCUUCAUCCUACUGACAUCAGAAGAGGAGCUGGACGUGUUUGACCUGAAGAAAUACUCUGCUUCAGAGGAGGGUCUUCUGAGGCUGCUGCCAGUAGUCAAAGCCUCCAAAACAUCUCUGUUAAAUGGCUGUGAGCUGUCAGAGAGAUGCUGUGAAGAUCUGGCCUCAGUUCUCAGCUCCAACUCCUCUAGUCUGAGAGAGCUGGACCUGAGUAGCAAUGAUCUGCAGGAUUCAGGAGUGAGGCUACUCUCUGCUGGACUUGGGAGUCCACACUGUACACUGGAAACUCUCAGGCUAAAUGGCUGUGAGCUUUCAGAGAGAUGCUGUGAAGCUCUGGCCUCAGUUCUCAGCUCCAACUCCUCUAGUCUGAGAGAGCUGGACCUGAGUACCAAUGAUCUGCAGGAUUCAGGAGUGAAGCUGCUCUUUGCUGGACUGGGGAGUCCACACUGUACACUGGAAACUCUCAGGUUAAAUGGCUGUAAGCUGUCAGAGAGAUGCUGUGAAGCUCUGGCCUCAGUUCUCAGCUCCAGCUCCUCUAGUCUGAGAGAGUUGGACCUGAGUACCAAUGAUCUGCAGGAUUCAGGAGUGAAGCUGCUCUCUGCUGGACUGGGGAGUCCACACUGUACCCUGGAAACUCUCAGGUUAAAUGGCUGUAAGCUGUCAGAGAGAUGCUGUGAAGCUCUGGCCUCAGUUCUCAGCUCCAACUCCUCUAGUCUGAGAGAGCUGGACCUUAGUGCCAAUGAUCUGCAGGAUUCAGGAGUGAAGCUGCUCUCUGCUGGACUGGGGAGUCCACACUGUACACUGGAAACUCUCAGGUUGUCUGGCUGCCUAGUCACACAGGAAGGCUGUGCUUCUCUGGCCUCAGCUCUGAGCUCCAACCCCUCCCGUCUGCGAGAGCUAGACCUGAGCUACAAUCACCCAGGAGACUCAGGAGCUGCGCUGCUCUCUGCUGGACUGGAGGAUCCACGCUGGAGACUGGACACUCUCAGUGUGGAGCACGGUGGAGUGUGGAGGCUGAAACCAGUUCCACAGAGGUAUGCCUGUGAACUCACACUGGACCCGAACACGGCCAACAGAUACCUCUCUCUGUCUGAGGACAACAGAAAGGUGACGUGGGUUAGAGAGGACCAGUCGUAUCUGGAUCACCCAGAGAGAUUUGACUCCUGGCUCCAGGUGUUGGUUAGAGAGGCUCUGACUGGCCGCUGUUACUGGGAGGUAGAGAGGAAAGGAGUUGUUGAUAUAGGAAUGACAUACAGAGGAAUCACAACGAGAGGAGUGGGUGAUGACGGCCUGCUUGGACGGAACAACAAGUCCUGGAGUCUUUGUUGUGAUGAUGACCGUUACUCUGCCCGGUACAACGGUAGGAGAACAGCCAUAUCUCUCCCCCCUGCUGGCUCCACCAGAGUAGGAGUGUAUCUGGACCGGCCUGCUGGCUCUCUGUCCUUCUACAGAGUGUCCCCAGGUGGAGGAGGGUCCUCAGACACACUGACACACAUCCACACCUUCUGGUCCUCCUUCACCCAGGAGGACCUCCUCCCUGGGUUCUGGGUAAGGGGGGGUCAGUUGGGUGACUCAGUGUCUCUGUGUCCGUAAAAAACAACAGACAGACAGGCGGGCACACACACACACACACACACACAC